UGCAUUUGAGUUUCUGUUUUGACGAAUGUAAUUUUGAAAGAUUAUGUUAAAACUACAGUGUUACAGAUAUAAAGACAAUGUGUAAUUUUUCUUUUCUUUUCCAGAUGAACAACAAAUCAAAACAGUGCAGAGAAGCUGCAGAUGAAGCUGAGAAACAGUACAAAUCAAACAUUGAACAGCUGGACAAGACUCGACAAGAGUGGGAAUCAACACACAUCAGCACAUGUGAGAUGUUUCAGCAGCAGGAGGAAGACCGCCUCAGCGUGCUAAGGAACGCUUUGUGGGUGCACUGUAACCAUUUAUCAGUGCAGAAUGUCGCAGACGAUGAGUGUUACGAGGAGGUGAGGAAAACUCUGGAAAAGUGUGACAUCAUGGAAGAUAACAACUGCUUUGUGGAGAUGAAACGCAUCGGCUCGAUCCCCGCAGCUCCAAUUGAAUAUCAGAAUUACUACGACAGAGAUGAUACAGGUGACAGAAAUGGCAGCGCUGGAUUUGUAGGAGGAGUGAUGAAAAGGUUUUCAAAUCUUCUGCAGUCAAACUGUUCCAGUGGCUCCAAACUGAGCAUCAAUGAACCAGUUGCACAACCUACUGGUAAAGUACCAGAGUCAUUAAAGCAACACUGCAGUUUCCAAAAUGAUGGCAUACGACUGUGAAAGCCACUGGAUGCAACACAGUGUGAAGCAACUAUGAUUUACAUAUUGUACUUAUUAUUCUUUCCACUCGGGAUUCAGAUGAAGUGGUCCUUGUACUCUAGAGGGAACUUCAGCAUACAUAUAUACACACACACACACACACACACA